AUGCUUCAUUUCCCUGAAAUGGCAUUUGAAAUUUUGCAAUUGAAAAAGUCCAGUCAAAAAGAAAGAGCGACCAUGCAGAGCCGAAGACGACCAAGAGCAACGGCUACUACUCGAAGCACAUGUAGCAACAGCAGCACCUCUGGCAACUUGUGCCCUUUGGUGCUGUUGGGAUUGUUAUUGGUGGCGGCGGCAGGUCCUCGACAGGUGGCGUCUAGUAGUACCGAUGGUAGUAGUAGUAGACAGUUGCUCCGCACACGCAUUGUCGGAGGAACUCCUGUGGAUUCCGGUGUUCAUCCCUACUUUGUGGAGUGGCAAGGAGCGCAUUGCGGCGGCACAGUGAUCCAUGACGACUUUGUCAUUAGUGCGGCACAUUGCGUCAACCCCAACAUUCCCGCACACGCCGCCAACAAGCGAUUAUAUCUCAACUCGACACGACGCAACACCGGAAUCGUGCGAGAGUACACUACACAAAUUGUUCAUCCGAGCUUUCAAAACAAUGGCCAUGGCUACGAGUAUGACUUUGUCCUACUCAAAACGGACACCAGCAUGUUGGUGGAUCCCUACGGCGCACCGACGGGCGUGCGACCCAUACAAAUGAACCGAGACCCAAUGUUGACAGUACAAGACAAUGGCGUACUGGCCGUCGGCUAUGGACAAAUCAGUGAACACAACACUGCUCUCAGUAAUGACCUACGAGAUGUACUCCUCUACUAUGAGGACGAUACCAUAUGCGGGAAUCAAUAUGCCGAACCAGGAAGAUUCAAUCCACAAACCAUGUUCUGCACGUAUGUACCCGGUGGAGGCAAAGAUGCUUGUCAGGGAGACAGCGGCGGUCCUCUGAUUGACUGGUUUAUGGGGACACUCACGGGCGUGGUCAGCUUUGGAGAGGGCUGUGCCAGAGAAGACUACGCCGGUGUCAAUGCCAGAAUAGAUGCCGUCGCCGAUUGGAUUGACGUGCAAAUCUGUGAUUACAGUGACUUUCCACCGGCAUCUUGCCCAUCCAAGACGCCACCGGUCUCCAACGCGCAGUCGCCCGAUGCAGGGGAAGAUGCCCCUGUGACGCCAGGAUUGGGUUCGGGGCAAGGAGGAUCGGCAGGAGGACCCAUACAUCCUGGUAUUGGAAGUGGCUAUGUGGAAAUUGGUAGAGGCAAUGAUGGAUCUUCCGAACAAACACCGCUUUACAAUCCUCCGUCUUCCAUGGCGGGAGGAUCUCAUGGCGGAAGCAGCAGUUCCAGUGCACGCGGGGAUGCCUUCCCUGGUGAGGGUCCGGCUGUGGCAACCCACGCCAUUACCAUCAACGUCCGCUAUGGACCAUCACCGCAAUAUGUCACCUGGAACUUGGCGCUGGGCGACGAUGAUGAUAACUGGACCGAUCUGUCCCGUUCGGGACGAGGUGAACCCGGCGUAACGACUUCCUCUACCUUUCUAGAUAUGAAGAGCGGGUGGUACCGGUUCCAGCUGAAUCCUUCGAGUCCGGGAAAUGUUGUGUGGGCAUCCGUCAUGGGACCACGGGGCGAAGGAGUUUGGUCGCAAUUAGAAGGCUUCUCCGGUGCCCAAUACAACAUUUACUUUGAGAUCAACAGCAUCGGCAUUCCAUGUCUCGAACAUUGUGCACCGCCGGUGCGUUCCAGUCCGCCCUAG